AUGCGUCUUGUGGUGUUUUUACUUUUCAUAGUUGGAUGUUGGUGUGAUAUAAAAGUAUUAGUAGAUCAAAAUGGAGGAUAUAAUAUAACUAUUAAUAAUCAAGUAUGGUUACGUUCAUCUCGUACAGCUAUAUAUGUUGAUGAUCGAUGGUAUUCAACAGAGAAUCAAUCUCUUCCCUUAGUUAGUGUAUCGACUGAUCAAGGUACUGAUCCAAAUUUAGGUAGUUGGAAUGAAACAAAAUUAACAUAUAAUCUUGUUCGUAAUCAAACAUCUACUUCAAUUAUUGCUCAUAUACGUCAAUGGAAUAUCGUUUCAGCUUUUACUUUUCAUUUGGAAACAGGUGAUAAAACUUUAACAAAUCAUGUUGCACUUGAUAUGGAACAAAUUCGAACUGUAUUUCCAUCAUUUAAUAUUGAAAAUAUGGAUAUGAAUGAUCAACGAGGGUUUUUUUCAUUUGGAGGAUUAAUGGCAGGUGAAGGAGAUAAGUCUGCAGGUAAUUGGAAUUCAUCAAGUACAGUUAUUAAAUCUGGUAUGCAGGGUGGACCGGUAGUUCUAUUUAAUUCAACUCAACGCGGUGAAGGUGAUACGUUAGUUAUUUCACCAUUUUCACAUUUUAUGGCAACUUCACUAUGUCAAAGACAUAAAGCAUCAGGUGGUGUUUUAGAAUAUGGUGUCAUGGGUUCAAUGUCAUCAAUACCUGCUAAUUAUAUGCACUCAUUAAUUGUUUUUUAUUCACCACGUGGAAUUGGAGAAGGAGUUCGUGAAUAUGGCCAAACAAUGCAACGAGCAUUUAAUCGAACAAAUGUAAAUCGUUUGAAUGAUCUUACAAUAAAUUAUCUUGGUUAUUAUACUGAUAAUGGUGGUUAUUAUUAUUAUAAUACAGGAAAAGGAAUGAAUUAUGAAGCAACAAUGAUAAAUAUUAAACAUCAAAUUCCACUUCCAUUUCAUUAUAUUCAACUUGAUUCAUGGUGGUAUUUCAAAGGUAUUGGAGAUGGUGUUUCACAGUGGACAGCUCGUCCCGAUAUAUUUCCUGAUGGUCUUGUUUCAUUACAUCGUCGAUUAGAAAAUAUUCCAAUAGCAGCACAUAAUCGAUAUUGGGCAUAUGAUACUGUUUAUAAACAAAAAUAUGCAUUUGCUCUUGAUGUUGGCAAUGGAAAAGCAUUACCAAUUGGAAAUGAUUCAUUUUGGUUACAUUUAUUUGUUGAUGCACGUAAUUGGGGUCUUGUUCUAUAUGAACAAGAUUGGCUUAAUGUUCAAACAAUGGAAUUUCUUCCAACACGUACUGAUAUUAAUCUUGGUGAACAAUGGUUAAAAUCAAUGGGUGCAGCAGCUGAAACAGUUGAAAUGAAUAUUCAAUAUUGUAUGAGUUUACCUCGUCAUAUUUUACAAGCUCUUGAAAUUCCACGUGUUACACAUGCAAGAGUAUCCGAUGAUUAUGCUGUUCAUUUACAAGAUUCAAAAAGAUCUCAAUGGAAUAUUGGAAUAUCCAGUAUGUUUGCUGAUGCUAUAGGUUUAGCACCAUUUAAAGAUGUUCUCUGGUCGACAUCAGAACAACCUGGUUCUCCUUAUACACCAUCGGCAAUGGAACAACUUCCUGAACGAGAAAUUCUUAUUGCCACUCUUUCAACAGGACCUGUUGGACCAGGUGAUGCAAUUAAUUAUACGAAUGUACAACGUAUUAUGAAAUGUUGCAAUAAAGAUGGUUUAAUUUUAAAACCUGAUCGACCACUUACUACAAUUAAUGCAUUAGUAGCUGAUUGGGCUUUUUAUGGUGGUGUUAUACAAGGAGAACUUUAUUCAACACGAACAACAAUAAAUGAUCGAGAAUUUCAUAUCAUUUUUGCAUCGGCUAUGAAACGAGAUUAUGUUAUAUAUCCUUCUAUGAUCGGAGGCGAAUCAGGAUUAAUUUGGUCAUAUGAUAAUGCACAAAUGGUAUCAACUUUUGAUGAUACUCAUCCUCUUGAUGUUACAGCUGCUAAAUGUGAUGAUUUAGCAAUUUGUCUUUGGUAUGUAUCACCAUCAUGGCAAUUUAAUGAUCCUGUUCGAACAAAAUAUGCUCUUCUUGGUGAAUUAAAUAAAUGGACAGCUGUUAGUCAACAAAGAUUUUCAUCGAUAACUACAAAUACAGAAAAAACUCAAACAACGAUUACUGUUCAAGGUGCAGUAUCUGAAAUAGUUUCACUUGUUGUCUUUCAUACUACUUUAAAAACUGUUAAUGUUAAUUGUACAAUUACAGCUACAAGUGGUCAAGCAAAACUUAUUAUUACUCCAACAAAUAUUGCUUGUUCUUAA